AUGAACUCGCUCCGUUUGUUCGCGCAUCCGAUCUCUAAAGUUGUCAGCAGUAGAGUAAGUUAUUGGGUCUUUGAACAAUAUAUGAAAUAAUUCAAUCGGUUUAUUUUGAUAGCAAAAAAAUUUGUGCAGUAAUAAGCGAUUUCCAGACAAUGGCCUCUCAUCCGCUUUCCGAUCUUUUGGGGCGGCUAAACCAUGUUGCCAUUGCGACUCCUGACCUCGAAAAAGCUUCCACUUUUUACAAAAAUCUCGGAGCCAAAGUCAGCGAAGCUGUGGUAUUAAAAAGGCUACUUGGGCGUUAUAACUACUCAGUUUAGCCACAACCUGAACACGGCGUCUAUACUGUCUUCGUCGAAUUACCAAACUCUAAAAUUGAGCUUUUACACCCGUAUGGAGACAAAUCACCCAUCCAGGUAAUUUUGAGGAUUAUUUGUUUUGAGAUGGUGGUAUGAAAUUUAAAAAAAACCAGCGAAUUUUCGAACUUUUAAAGGAUUUAUUUUCAUAUCGCUAUGGAACUUUCCGACGGCCACCUUUCCGACUUUUUUCCCUCAUCUUUUUCGGUUUUUAAAGCAUCUAUAAAAUUUCUUUUUCUUUGUGUUUUAAUCAUGAACCAACUACCUAUUUUAUACAGGAAGGUUCAAAACGAAAAGUUUAUCGAGAAAAAAAAGUCGGAAAGAUCCCUAGAAAAAUGAAAAAAAUCGGAAAAUUUCGAUAUUUUGCUGGUUUUCGUUUCGUACCAUCUUAGAGCUUGCUUUUGUGAAAGGACUCGCAACUUUGCUGCUUUCAGGCCUUCUUGAACAAAAACAAGGACGGGGGUAUGCACCAUAUCUGCAUCGAAGUCAAAUGCAUUAAAAAGGUCUGUAUAUAAUUAUUUCAUUUUAUCUUAAGAAAAAAUAUACAUAUAUAUUUUGCAGGCGAUGGAGACAGUGAAAUCGAAGAAAAUAAGAACUCUGACGGAGAAGCCGAAAAUUGGAGCCCAUGGAAAAGAUGUGGUUUUCCUGCACCCCAAGGACUGCGGCGGAGUUCUCAUCGAACUCGAACAAGAAUGA